UAAAGGAGAAGAAGAGGCCUUAAAAAAUAGAAGCCGUUGUUAACCUAACUUUUUAGUAUAAUAAUAAUUGAUUUUGUUUUUAAAUAAUGCCGGAAAUUAAAGUAACUCCUCUUGGGGCUGGCCAAGAUGUUGGCAGAAGCUGUUUAUUAUUAUCAAUAGGAGGAAAAAAUAUAAUGCUAGAUUGUGGAAUGCAUAUGGGUUACAAUGAUGAACGAAGAUUUCCAGAUUUUAGUUACAUUUGCGAAGGACCAAUUUCGGCGUACAUUGAUUGUGUUAUAAUAUCUCAUUUCCAUUUAGAUCAUUGUGGAGCUUUACCGUACAUGUCAGAAAUAGUAGGAUAUACUGGUCCCAUAUAUAUGACCCAUCCAACUAAAGCUAUUGCUCCACUCUUAUUAGAAGAUAUGCGAAAAGUUUCUGUGGAGAAAAAAGGUGAACAAAACUUUUUCACUUCUCAAAUGAUUAAAGAUUGUAUGAAAAAGGUAAUAGCCGUAACUUUACACCAGUCAGUUAUGGUAGACAAUGACAUAGAAAUAAAAGCCUACUAUGCUGGCCAUGUCUUGGGAGCUGCCAUGUUUUGGGUUCGAGUUGGUAAUCAAUCAAUUGUUUACACAGGAGACUACAAUAUGACCCCUGACAGACAUUUAGGUGCUGCUUGGAUAGAUAAAUGCAGGCCUGACUUACUCAUUUCAGAAUCUACAUAUGCUACUACUAUCAGGGAUUCGAAAAGAUGUAGAGAAAAGGACUUUUUGAAAAAAGUGCAUGAAUGUGUUGAUAGAGGUGGAAAAGUACUUAUUCCAGUAUUUGCUCUUGGCAGGGCUCAGGAACUUUGUAUACUUUUAGAAACAUAUUGGGAAAGAAUGAAUCUCAAAGCACCUAUUUAUUUCGCUCUCGGUCUUACCGAAAAAGCAAAUAAUUACUAUAAAAUGUUUAUAACUUGGACUAAUCAGAAAAUUAGAAAAACAUUUGUACAACGUAAUAUGUUUGAUUUUAAACACAUCAAGCCUUUCGAUAAACAAUUUAUUGAUAAUCCUGGACCAAUGGUAGUAUUUGCUACACCUGGAAUGCUUCAUGCUGGUCUAAGUUUACAGAUAUUUAAAAAAUGGGCCCCUAACGAAAAUAAUAUGAUAAUUAUGCCAGGUUUCUGUGUACAAGGAACUGUGGGCCAUAAAGUCCUAAACGGAGCGAAAAAAAUUGAAUUUGAAAAUAGACAAAUAGUAGAAGUAAAAAUGGCUGUAGAAUACAUGAGUUUUUCUGCACAUGCAGACGCUAAGGGUAUUAUGCAACUUAUUCAUCAUUGUGAACCAAAAAAUGUAAUGUUAGUACAUGGAGAAGCAGCCAAAAUAGAGUUUCUCAAAGAAAAAAUUCAGAAAGAGUUCAACAUUCAAUGUUUUAAUCCAGCAAAUGGAGAAACUUCUGUGAUACCAACCUCUGUUAAAAUUCCUAUAGAUGUUUCACUUCCGCUGCUUAAAGCUGAAGCUAAAAGGUUUAGUAGUAUGACUCCAGACCAGAAACGUCAAAGAACUCUCCAUGGAGUUCUUGUAAUGAAAGAAAACAAUAUGUGUCUUAUGGAUGUUGAUGAAGCUUGUAAGGAAGCCGGCAUAAAUAGACAUAUUGUCAGGUUUACUUCCACCGUUCAUAUAUCAGAUUCUGGGCCUGCCCUCGGCACUGCUCACAAGCUGCUGCAAGUUAUAAAAGACAAAUUACCUAUCGCAUCUAUUGUAUUUUCGGAAGGUGAAAUAUCUAUUGAAUCUGUACUAGUUAAGGUGGAAGGAGAUGAUGAUGAUGAUCAGAAAAGUGUUUACGUUUCUUGGACUAACCAAGAUGAGGAGAUUGGUAGUCAGAUCUUAGGAAUUAUUAAUCACAUUAAGUUUUAAAAGUAUACAAACUGUUGAUUAAUUAUUAUAAAUAUAUAAUUUUUAUUUCUUAUACAGACCUGCUAUUUUAAUUGCGAUUAUAUAAAAAAAAA